AAACCAGAGUUCUUAAAGGGUAUUCAAGAUGUGGAGGUCAAUGAGGGUCAAAGUGUAAAGUUCAGAUGUAAGGUCAAAGGUUACCCUCAACCAAGGGUCACAUGGCAUAAAGAUGGAAAGCAUAUGAAGAAUCCUGGCAAUGCACGAAUAGAAAAGUUUGGUAACCGUGACUACAUAUUGACUAUAGAUUACGCUACUAUGGAUGAUGAUGCAGAAUAUUCAGUGUGUGCUAAAAAUAUUGCAGGCGAGGCUAAGUCUACAGCUCAAGUUAUAGUAGAACCUGCCAAAACAGGU